AUGCAAAAUGCGGUGAUAAAGGAGCACUUCAUUGAAGAUAUAGAGGAAUCAGUGCAGCAUGAGGUGUGUUUUAAUGAUGCUAUUCAUUGUGAAAGGAAUUCCAUCGGUCACGAUGGACGAGCGGCCGAAAUAAAGAAUAAUAUGAUACAAAAGAAGAUUGGCCGUCCUCGGGCUAAAAGCUUAUUUAGCUCUAUAUUUACUCAAUCAUACGACAAAAAAAGGCAUAUGCACCCUAAGCUUUUAUCUGUAGACAUUGCUGCAUAUGGGUUAGGAUGGAAAGAGAGUGAGAAGUGCCUUGCACUUUUUUUCCUAUUAAUUUUCAGUAUUUCAUGGGGUAUGCUUAUUUCUUUUGAUGAAGGAUCAAAAUUAUUUUAUUUUGACCAUUCCUACUGGGUCAAACUUCUCACGCAAAAUUGUUUUUUCUUACUUGUAUUUAGUAUUUGUGGAUUUUUAGUUGUCACUUGUGAUUGGAAGGAUAGUUAUUCGCGCAAAAGCUGUCAUGUUGUGAUGUACCUUACUCCACUCCUUGUUCACCUUAUUUGGCCUUCAGGUGAGACAAAACUACCGGAUAUCUGGGAAAUGAGCUGGACAGUCUGGUUUCAGUUUGUUCCAUUCUUGUUUUUGAUGAAACCACUUCGCCGUUGCAGUGCUCUUUUGAUGCUUUCAUUUCGAGCAGUAGACAGGGCUCAAGAUAGACCGCACACGCUUGCAUGGAUAAUAUCUCAGCUUGUUGCAAGUUACAUGGUUAUAAUUUGUUUAUAUUCCUAUCUAUCUGUAAGAAAGGGAUUGCCGAAUGAAGCUGGAAAAUUAAUUUUGGUUCCAAUAAUCGUAAAUGUUUUUGGAGAUGGUCUAGCCGAACCCAUAGGUGUGCGUUUCGGCCGCCACAAAUACAGAGCAUCAGCAUUGUGGUAUGAUGGGAAGUGCUGUUCCGGAAAUUUCCAUCGAACAUAUGAAGGGAGCGCAUGUGUCUAUUUCAUUACACUUUUCUCACUAUUUCCUUUUGAGGGAUCUCUUUCCUCGAAACAGUUCAUAGCCCUUCUAUUCCUUUUACCGCCUGUCAUGACGUUAUCGGAGGCAUGGGCUCCACAUACAUGGGAUAAUCCUUUCAUAACACUGAUGGGCACUCUAACUAUUUUUAUGGUCUAUGAAGUGAUUUAA